AUUCCAGGCAUACAGAAAAUUUGGAUGCGAACAUGGGGUUGUUCUCAUAAUAAUUCGGAUGGAGAAUAUAUGGCUGGACAACUAGCUGCUUAUGGAUAUGAAAUUACAGAAAAUGCAUCAGACGCCGAUUUAUGGCUCCUGAAUAGUUGUACCGUUAAAAACCCAGCUGAAGACCACUUUAGAAACUCAAUUAAGAUCCAGACCUGUGCAUCCCACUGCUUCCUGGCCUUCUCUGUUCAGAUGACUCACGGACACCUGCAGGCGUGCGGAAUCCCCGCGCUACAUACCUCACCUCUUCCCCAGCUGCUGUGUCCCCUCCUGUUGCCUGUGCUGUUUGCUUGCACUGUCCUCUCCCAGAUAGUCUGUGAGUUUUCUUUGACUCCUUUACUUCUGAAAUACCUUUUCCUGGGAUGCCAGGGUGGCUCAGGGAACGGUUCUCCUGUUGAAAUCUGGAAUUUCUUGGGCGAACAAUACAUCUGCAGGGUUCGGAUGCGGCCAGGUGUUGCUUAUUCAGUAUUGCAAGCCCAGAAAGAUGAGUUAAUGCUUGAAGGAAAUGACAUCGAACUUGUAUCAAACUCAGCUGCUUUGAUUCAGCAAACCAGAACAGUUAAAAACAGGGGUAUCAGAGAAAUUUUGGAUGGUAUCUAUGUUUCUGAAAAAGGAGCAGUUCAGCAGGCUGAUGAGUAA